GAGCGGCUUCUUAUGAUCCCUACGGCGCUGCUGCAGCAGCCGCCUUCGCGGCAGCAGCCGUGGGCUCCGCUCCUGCUGCUGUCAUGCCGCGGACUGUAGCGCCGUCGUACACUCCCUCUAAGGUAUACAAGGACAACCCGCCCUGCAACACGCUUUACAUUGGCAAUCUCAGCCCAUUCGCAACCGGGUUAUGUCCAAAUGAAGCUGACGAGGCAAGGCGUCACCAACACAUGCUGCUUCGUGCAAUAUUCGGGGCCGGGCUUUGGGGAGUCGCUCUCACCCCCCCUCCCUCCCUCCCUCCCUCCCUCCCUCCCUCCCUCCCUCCCUCCCUCCCUCCCUCCCUCCUUCCUCCUCCCUCCCUCCCUCUCUCCCUCCCUCCCUUCCUCCCUCCCUCCCUCCCUCCCUCCUUUCCUCCCUCCCUCCCUCCCUCCCUCCCUCCCUCCCUCUCUCCCUCCCUCCCUCCCUUCCUCCCUCCCUCCCUCCCUCCCUCCCUCCCUCCCUCCCUCCCUCCCUCCCUCCCUCCCUCCCUCCCUCCCUCCCUCCCUCCCUCCCUCCCUCCCUCCCUCCCUCCCUCCCUCCCUCCCUCCCUCCCUCCCUCCCUCCCUCCCUCCCUCCCUUCCUCCCUCCCUCCCUCCCUCCCUCCCUCCCUCCCUCCCUUCCUCCCUCCCUCCCUCCCUCCCUCCCUCUCUCCCUCCCUCCCUCCCUUCCUCCCUCCCUCCCUCCCUCCCUCCCUCCCUCCCUCCCUCCCUCCCUCCCUCCCUCCCUCCCUCCCUCCCUCCCUCCCUCCCUCCCUCCCUCCCUCCCUCCCUCCCUCCCUCUCUCUUUCCCUACUCCCGCAGGACAUAGCGUCAGCAUCAGCAGUGCACGCUGCGUUACAGGGAACCUCUCUAGCCUCCUCCGAUAGAGGCCCCAUCCGAAUCCAGUUCUCCAAGAACCCCCUCGGAGUGAAGGGGCCGGGCUUCGGGGGAGGAAUGGGGGGAGUGGGGGGAAUGGGGGGAGUGGGGGGAAUGGGGGGAGUGGGGGAAGUGGGCGGAGUGGGGGGCGUUGUGAAGAGUGAGAUAGGCCCAGUGGCGGAGCCUCCGCCAGCAGGGACCGAUGGAGGAGCAGGGGGGCCGAUAGGGGCGGAAGCUGCAGCAGCAGCGGCGCUGGCAGCAGCGAGUGGGUUUGGGGAUAUGGUGGAGAGAUGGGCCCCACCGGCAGCAGGAAUGAACGUAGAAGCAGGGGGGGCGGGGGGGUUAGGAGGGGCAGGAGGGUUGGGAGGGGCAGGAGGGUUGGGAGGGGCAGGAGGGUUGGGAGGGGCAGGAGGAGGGUUGGGAGGGGCAGGAGGGUUGGGAGGGGCAGGGGGGCUGGGAGGGGCAGGAGGGUUGGGAGGGGCAGGAGGGUUGGGAGGGGCAGGAGGGUUGGGAGGGGCAGGAGGGUUGGGAGGGGCAGGAGGGGCGAUUGGGGCAGGAGGGGCGAUUGGGGCAGGAGGGGCGAUUGGGGCAGGAGGGGCGAUUGGGGCAGAAGCUGCAGCAUUGGCAGCAGCGAGUGGGUUGACUAAGUGUGUGUUUUGGGCGUGA